GGAGUUUGAAUACAUAUAUUUCACACAAUCGUCGACCGGAACAGACAAUCAGAGAAGCGCAGCAAAGGAAGCGAAGAGAGAGAGAAGCCAAACGAACCAGAGAAGGUAAGUGAGCCAACUCAAUUUAAUCAAGCGUUACUCAAUAUCUAUAUUCAAACAAAAAACAAGUUACAGACAUAUGAUGAAUGGGAUAAGCAAUCAACACAUAUGCGAUCACAUAAAAAGUCGGAAUAAAUAAGCCAAUAAGUGACAGGGUCAAAAUGUCGUUUAAGAAGAAUGGACAGAUUGGUAUGUCCAGAAAAUAGAACAACCCACGUGUGCAUCAGAGUAUUUGUGAGCCGUAAUCAAUGGGUCAUGUUAUGUGUGUCCACAAAUCGGAAUGCAAGGUCAAAGGUUAUGUUUUUUAAACGACAGUUUUACAGGUAAUAAUGGUAGUGGUACAAAUGGUAAGAAUUGAUGAAAAAUGCAAAUAAUAACAAAACUAAUUGUAAAAGAUCCUACUUUUCGCUAUUCCCUAGUGUCUGUAAACGAGAGAGAAGAAUCUAUGCAUUCAAAAAUAAAAUCAAAUUAAUAGCACAUUAAUUUUAAAAAUGUGUGCCUUCUGAUGUGUAUUAUAAGAAAACGUCAUACUUAUGUAAGAAAGAAUACAUGUGUAUCGUAAAGACGCGGACAAGAAUUAAAAUGAUAGCAUAUGAUUAUGAGUAAGUUAACAAGCGUACAAAAAGAUUAACAUGAAUUUACGUCGUGACUGUCUGGACAAUAAAAUAACACGUUCGCAUGAGUGACUCGAAAUACCAUGAAGACAGAGUAAUAAAUCAUGUAUGGGUAUGACAGCGUAAUAAUUCGUGAAAACAAGUAGAGCAGAAUAUAACAAAUUGGUCUGUAGUGCCGAAAUAUAAAAAUUGGGAGGACGGCCCACGGGUGAACCCGAGGAAGCUCAGAAAGAGCCGAAGAUAUUUCAUCCAAACAUCUUUUGGAAGAAUAUCCCAGAAUCUCUGUGUAGCUUCCCAAAACAAAGAUGACUAUCUUUGUUCAAUAUUCGUUACCAAGGUCUUAAGUUAGCAAAAGCUGGAGACGAUGACUGGACGCAACAUGCUGGCAUAGUAAAUCGCGAGUUUCAAAUUAUCAACGAUGAUAGAAGACCCAAACGCCCGGCAACUUAUGCAGCGCUACCUAUUGUUGAACAAGAAUUAAAGCGCCCGCAAAGAAGUGGAAUCAUAGAACAAGUGAACUUUCCUUAUUGAACAGCACCAAUAGUGAUUGUUAAGAAGCUUAAUGGAAGUAUCCGGCCACGUGCAGAUUAUUCGACUGGAAUAAACGAAGCCCUUGAAGUCCAUUAGAACCCUGCCCGACCGAAGCUGCUACCUUGACGUGGUGGUCGGGCUUGCCUAUCGUGAUGAAGCAACCGGGCUAUAUUGGCUGGAAUAUAUGUUCCUGUAGGUUCUACUAUGCCAGGCAGGUCAAUUGGAGAACGGUAAGACUAAAAGCAGCAACUCAAGGUCUGAGGGCGAAGUCGUACUGCUGACUGUAGAGGGGUGUGGCAACAUUAAAGUGUUUCCCUCGGACAACCAGCAUCUGCAGCGAUUCUGCCUUCCCACAAGGAGGGGUGGGGUUAGAAAUGGUCAACCAUAAAAAUGUCACAUCUCGCCUUAUUUCAUGGAUAUCCGUCUCCGGCGGUAAGGUAUUAACAAGUACGGAGCUAACACAAAAAUUACCUAUAACAAGGUCGUGUGUGAUCGACCUCAAGCAGUUGUCCCUUGGGCACUGCGAUCACGCCCUCAGGUCACUAAGACCACCUCUAAUCGAAUUUUCUUUUCACGUACCUCCAGAAGAACCCUUCCACGGUGCGGGCAGCCGGGAAGUGAUAACCGCCCUCAUACCUCUAACAUCACUCAAGAUCACUGUAUUCAUAAUCAACCUCCGUCUUCAAUUCCUAUUAUUCCUCCUACGUCGACUUUCAACUCUUAACUUCCUCUUUCGGCUUCCUCCUCAUGUGUCACCAUAUCCAACGAUUUUAGUGCUCGAAACACUGUCCCAAGUCUACUGAAACCUCGCUACAAACUACACAUUGGAGCCUUCAACGUACGAACCCUAUGUCAAAUCGGUCAGCAUGCUUCCUUGGCUAAAACGCUAGAAUCUCGUACCAUUGAUGUAUGCUGUGUCUCCGAAACACUCAUACAGGAUCCCAGUGUGGUCAUUCACUUGACCUCACCUCGGCAAAACGGAGAGCCAACGAGACACACCCUCCAUGUAUCUGGUGACCCGAUGGCCAGUCCUCGUGGACUGGCAGGUGUAGGCAUAGCACUAAGCAUGAGGGCGAAACAAGCACUGUUAGGGUGGAUCCCCGUUAACAGUCGUUUAUGUGCUGUUCGGCUAAACGGCUUCGUAAGAAUUCGGAAGGAUAGGGACACACGUUGUUGCCUUUUCGUCGUUUCUGCUAACGCUCCCACCGAUUGCAGCUCGGAUGAAGUGAAAGAUGAAUUUCACAGGAAGCUCUCUGGACUUCUUCAGAAAGCUAAACGUUCAGACAUAGUACUCGUAGCAGGUGAUUUUAAUGCCCAGAUAAGUAGUUUAAACCAAACAGAAAGGCAUUUAGGUGGGUAUUUCAGUAUUCCGGCACAAGGAACAGAUAAUGGUGAUCGUCUGCUGCAGCUGUGCUCAAACAAUCGUUUAUUUUUAGCAAGCACAAAUUUUAAGCAUAAAGAGAGACGCCGUCUAACAUGGCGACUUCCUACACCAAACCAACGAUGGACUCAAAUAGACCAUAUUGCCAUCAGUCAUCAAUGGAGAGGCUCAAUAAAAGAUUGUCGCUCGUUCUGGAACACCUGUUUGAACUCCGAUCAUGAUCUAAUACGAGCACGCAUUUGCUUUCACCUCACUGGACGCAGGAAAACCACAUUAGGACCCAUUAGACUCGGACUCAGUGACGAGGAAGCUAAAAGUAGAUUCCAGGAACGACUGAGGUCACAAUUAGGUAGUUCUGAAAAUGAGGUUGACCCAGAUGUGGCUUGGAAAGAUAUACGAACAGCUGUGGAAACAGCAGCGACAUCUAUCAGUGAUCUAAACCAAAGGGUUACGAAAAACCAAUGGAUUCCUACUAAGUCUAUUGCACUGAUAGAUUCUCGUAAACUAAUCCCAUCAGGCUCUGAACAGGAUGAAGAGCGAAGACAAAUCAGAUCUAGGUUAAACAAAAGUCUAAGGAACGACCGUGAGCAGUGGUGGGUAACGAAAAUAAAAGAGAUGGAAAAGGCGGCGACUAUAGGGAACACAAGACAGCUCUACAGACUAAUAAAAGAAACUGGAAUUAAUAAGUCAAGUGUAAGUCAGACUAUUUCGAAAAAAGACGACACUCUCAUCUGCUCCCAGUCCAAACGUUUAGAACGAUGGGCGGAACAUUUCAGAGAACAGUUCAGCUGACCUUCAGCUACUCUACAACCAUCCUCCAUUCCUAGACAGUGUGAAUGGAACAUUGAAGUAGGUCCCCCAACUCUAGCUGAAGUUCAAAAGGCUAUGGUUAAUCUGAAACGAGGAAGGGCGAUUGCUCCAGAUGGAUUGACACCAGAGGUCUUUAAGAAUGGUGGUCCAAUUUUAGCGAUUAGGUUGACUAAUAUUUUAGCUAAGAUCUGGGAGUUGGACGUAACGCCAUCUGACUGGUCACAAUCAUUGACUGCUGCAAUACAGAAGAAGGGGUCAACAUCAUCCUGUGAUUACCAUGGAGGGAUUAGUUCGACUAAUUUAGCAUCUUAAACACCAGCCUCAAUAAUUAUCGGGCACCAAACUAAAACUCGUGAAUUGCAAACAUGAGGAAAUCAGGCUGGUUUCAAACAUGGUCGUGGCUGCGCCAUAAUAAUAAUAUAUAUUGGCGCUCUCUUGCAUCGACCACAUAUUCACCAUUCGUCAGGUUCUAGAACACAGAAAUGCUUAUCGGCGUCCGACAAUAGUGGUCUUUCUUGACUUAAAAGUAGCACUUGAUUCUGUAGAUCGAGAGGUUCUCUGGCAGUGUCUGUCAUUGAAAGGCGUACCUCAAAAGUACAUAAACCUUGUAAAGGCUCUUUACUUGAACACUACUAGUCGAGUCAGAGCUUAUGGCAAACUGUCAUCUGAUUUCGCAACCUCAAGUGGUGUCCGUCAAGGCUGUCCACUUUCUCCAUUUCUGUUUAACUUCAUCAUAGACCUACUGAUGGAAAUAAUAUUCUCGUCGACUGUAUUCCCGGGCAUUGAUCUCUAUCCAGGAGGUCCACUUGUCGACUUAGAAUACGCAGAUGACAUAGUCCUGUUUGGUUAAGACGCUGACAAAAUGCAGAGUCUUCUGGUAGCACUAAGCAACAAUGCCAGAAUGUUUGGAAUGCGUUCUCUCCCUCGAAACGCAAUUUGUUGCUUCAGGACUAGUCUGCGUCAACACCUGGACUAAGGAUAGAGGGUGAAGUGUUCGAACGCGUCGACAACUUUACUUAUCCUGGAAGUCUGAUCAGCCCUAAUGGGUUGGUGUCUGACGAAAUCUCAGCACGGAUGUGAAAAGCUCGCUUGAAUUUUGCCAACUUACGUCACCUAUGGCGAAGGCGAGAUAUCCGUCUAUCAAUAAAAGGACGAGUAUACUGCGCGGCAAUCCGUUCUGUUUUAAUUUACGGAAGCGAAACAUGGCCACUAACAGUAGAAGAUACUCGUAAGCUACUAGUAUUUGACCACAAAUGCCUUGGAAAUAUUGCUGGCGUCUGCUGGGAUCACCGGGUAAGCAAUAGUGAGGUUAGACGCAGGGUAUUAGGGAAUGAUGGUAAAUCAGUCGAUGAGGUUGUGAAUCUUCAUCGACUGAGAUGGUUGGGCUACGUGUUGAGUGUGCCUGAACACCGAUUACCACGACGUGCAAUGCUAACCGGUGUUGGAGAUGGUUGGAAGAAAGUUAGGGGUGGCCAAACCAAAACGUGGUAUUAGUGUUUGAAGACACUAACAUCUGGUCUGAGCCAUGCUGGUAGAUGUAGAUUACUUGGUUGGGGUCCGCGUGACUAUCGCAACCAAUGGUUGGAGACUCUUGGUGACAUGGCUCAGAACCAAUCACAAUGGCGUAGGUGUAUACACUCUGUCUUCCCUUAAACUGUGAGAUUAAAAUCACUUCUUUUACGAACUAAUUCUUUCUUCCUGUACUAUAUCCUUAUAUGUAAUCUUCUUACCACAAUUGAUUUAAUCACUCCUAUGAAUCCGAUGUUCAUCUUGCUGUGCUAAUGAGAUGUGGCAACUUGGACCGAUGCAUGUAUGUGCUUGGUCCUACGUUGAAGCUGACUGACUUGUACGCCGUCUAUUAAGCGUCUAAGCUCUAGAUAUAAAAAAGAAUAGUUGAAUGUGAACAGGUUCCAAUAAGCUGCAGUAAAUGGCGUCGAUUAGCGGUUUGGUAUCGGCAUGGCACUGAGUUUAUGUGUAAUAAGUAUAAUCCAACAGUAAGAUGAUAACUGCAUUGGUGGGUGAUAUUCGUUGCUGUACUGCAAUCAAUGAUUAUCAUAAAAUGCGAAGUCGGUGUACAUCAUCGUUCGUGUUGUGACCAGAUGCAUCCAGUCAUCGUUAAACAUGUAUCAGUAGAGUGACCAGACGAACAGAAUAGUGACUGCCGAGAUGAGAUACACGGAGUCGUAUUCAUUUUUGGUCGUGAAGUCUAGAGUGGUUUGUGUAGUUUGAAAAGGAUACGUUCAACCUCAUUUGUUACGAACCGUACUUAGGCAUGACAAAAUACCAAUACAUAUGAUUAUCGAUGACGGACGAAUGAAACUACCUUGGAUGUGACGAACAAGGGUGUAUCCUUGAAAGAAAAGCUUCAAACUCUAUGUUCUGGUAUACAGUGAAACGGAAGUAGAAAGUUAAUCGCAGUAAUCAAGUAAUGUUUAUGGGUAAUGAAUGCUGUAGAACACAGUUAUACAUAUGAACGAAUAGACAAAAUGAACAUAACUGUUACUAACCGGCUAGUAGUGUUAAAGCUAUCCACGGACAUAUUACGAGACAAUAUUUCAAAGAAAAAUGUAGAGUAUGAUAACAAAGUCUCGAUUAUGUGAACGAGUGUAGGAGUGUGCCCCCCUAAGAAAACCACCUGCUUUGGUUUGAGCACCCAGGUAGUAUCCCAGACCUCAAAUAAAUCGAAGGAUUUGUGUGGUGCGUACGUUUAGUGCCUCCUUGUACCAAUGUUUAUGUGUUUAGAUAAAUAAAUAAGAACGAGUGUAAUGAUAGGACGAAAAGAACACGAGAAAGAUGGAACUUACGUAGAGUAGGAAAUUUCGACGUCAUGAAAAACACAAAGAUAGUCUAGUGAGUCGCAAAUGUCACAACGUGAAUGGGAUGCUCGUAAAAUCAUAAUUAGAUGAAUGAGUGAUAUAAAUGCAUAAAUGUCAUAAUAUAUCAUCAAGAUGAGCAGCAAUAGUAAUUCGACGUUUUGAGAUAAAAUGAUACCAAUGUGAGAAUGAGUGUGACAGUGUUUAUAAUCACAACGGAAUGAUCCGGUAGAUGGAUUGGUGAGAUGAGUUGACACAAGGACAAAAUACCAUCAAGAUACGAUUUGAGAAUGUUCAUGUCCCCGGUGUGCCGGCUUUGCUGAAUGCGUCAGAUUAUAGAUUGAGUCAUUCGAGUUGCUCGUCGACAAAGGCAGCUGAUUGGUCCAAACUCGGGCUUACCAUAUUUGUAAUGGCAUAAAGAUAUCAUCGAUGAGGUUGUCGAUUGAGUAAGAUCUGUUGAGUUCCUUCGUCAAAAGUAUGUAGUGCAGAAAGUUCUACAUAGACCUAGAUCACUGAGUUAAAUUCACGGUAAAGCUCAUCACUUUAGGGGCCCUGUAUCUGACUCCAGUAGGAUUGUAUGCUAACUGUUAUUGAAAUACAUAUGCCGGCUAUCCUCGUAUAUUUCAUCGACUUGAAUCACGUGAGUAAUGGAAUUGAAAAAGCCAAAUACGAGAAUGGAGUUUGAAUACAUAUAUUUCACACAAUCGUCGACCGGAACAGACAAUCAGAGAAGCGCAGCAAAGGAAGCGAAGAGAGAGAGAAGCCAAACGAACCAGAGAAGGUAAGUGAGCCAACUCAAUUUAAUCAAGCGUUACUCAAUAU